AUGGGACUCCUUUUGUGGGCCUUGUUUCCGCUCGCCCUGGUGGCUGCCGUCCUCUACUUGAUCUAUCUACGCAUUAAGCCUACCGGACAUGGCGGACCGCCGCGUGUUGAGAAGGGGGUACCGCUGCUCGGUGCAGCGUUAGCCUACUUUGGUAGUCCCGUCAAGACGCUGGAGUGGGCUCAUCUCAUGUACGGCAACGUCUUCCGUCUCAAUCUAUUGUUCUUCGACGCCGUCUUCCUGCUGCGCUCGUCUUUGCUGUGGCGAGCAAUGGAGACUAACGUCGCUCAACAGGACGGAGGCGGAAGCUUGCACAGCACGCUGGACAAGUACUUCUACAACGCUGAAGAGACUGGGGAGAUUUCUCACCAUCAAGGCACUGCGCACAACCCAGCGCACCAUGAUGAAUGGCCCUCUUACCCUAUGUCUGGAGUUGAGCGUCUGCGACGGCUGGCGUACUUCCACGCCAACCCAUCGACUCAGAUUCCCAAGGCCAACCUGCAGAAGAUGCAGGAGGCGGUCGCCACCGUCUUCCGCACCGAGCGCAUGGAGCAGUACAGCCAGCGCUGCGCUGACAUCGCCCAGCGCACGCUCGACGAGUGGACCAAGCAAGCCGGACGCGAUGGCUACAUCGAGCUCGCCGCGGCCGUCCAGGGGCUGGUGAUGGAGAUCAACACGCGCCUGCUGCUCGGCGACGCCUUCUAUGCCGCGCACGGGCGAGCGUUCGCCGAGAGCUUCCUCGCACUCGAGAAGGAAUCGGCCCACCUGCUGGCGCGCAUUCUGCCCGACCUGCCGUUCAUCCCGCCGGUCAAGCGCGCUCUCGAAGCCCGGCGCACGCUGGCCAGCCUGAUCGAGCAGGAGCUCGCUCGCCUGCGCCAAAGCAAGAGCUCCGACGACGAAGGGCACCUCCUGCACCUGCUGGCUCAGGUGAAGCAGGAGGACGGCUCAUGGCUGCCCAUCGAGCAGAGUGUCGACACCGUGCUCCAGAUGUUCUACUACGGCCAGGCCAACACCACUGGUCACCUCACCUGGCUCAUCGCGCACAUGUCCCAACGAGGCCACGCGCAGGAUCUCCACCGCGUCAGACGCGAGCAGAGACGGGCCAUGGGGGAAUCCGAGGAGCUUGCCUACAGCCAGUUCUCGUCUUUCCGUGAGCUUGAGCAGUGCAUUCAGGAGGUCACGCGGCUGUACUUUACCACCACUCUGCCUCCUCGAAAGGCCAUUAAGUCGUUCAAGUUCGAGGGCUUCACUAUUCCCGAGGGCUCGCUGCUGUGCGUUUCGCCCAUUCUCGGGCACCUGGACUCGGACAUCUUCCCCGACGCGGGCAUCUUCUUCCCGAAGCGCUUCGCUCCGCCCAAGAAAAAGCAAGCGCCCGAGACCAAGACGGCGUUCAACCCGUCGUCCUUCUACGGCAUGGCCUAUGUGCAGUUCGGUUACGGAAUGCACAAGUGCCCUGCGGAGAAGUACGCCAUGACGGUCCUCACCUCCUUCUUCUCCGUCCUCGUACGGACGCGCUCUGUCGAGCUCAAGGACAACAAGCUGCCGCUGCCUCAGUACCCGGCCACGUUUGGCACCGCCACGCCCACCGGCGACAUCCUGAUCCGGCUACAGCCCUAUGCCAUCCCCCGCGAGCUCAUGUUCGAGGAGGACGAGCCCGAGGUGAUUCGCUCCAUCCUGCCCCCCGCUCACUAA